AUGACGGAACAAGUCAAGAUCAAUCCGGAUCUACUGAUCAUACUAGUAGGGGCGGUCAUAAACAAGAGCAUCAGCGAGUACAGCGGCGACUACCCGGAAAACAAGGCCUCGAUCCCGGUGCAACGGUUUAUCAAUGAUUUGAACCAAACCACAUACCAAUACACGCAGAGUUUCCCCAAUGAAAAUAUAAAUUUCCCCCAGAUCGACAUCAAGCUACUAUCGUUCAUCAUCAAUCGGACGUUGUAUUUCAAGUUUGUCAGCGUGACGAACGAUCUGGUGGUUAUUGAAAUCAGCGACAAGUAUGACUACUACUUGAAGACCAUUGUCGCGACUUCGACACUUCGAUAUUCCAAGUAUUUGCUCAAUAGCGCAAAGAAGCUACACGAAGCGGAGACGUUGUUGGAACAACGGGAUGGCGCGGAGGCGCUAGUGGAGAAGUCGGAAUCCUCUGCUGAACUGGUGCCAGAAACGCGGGGCAAAGACAAAGUGGAGAAUGUGAACGACGUGGGUAAACCAACUGAGGAACGCGUCGUUGAAAACGGUGAAAAGAGAGACAAUGUGGUGGAUGAGGUAGAUGAUCAGGUAGAGGAAGAGGCGCGGGAAAAUCCAGAGAAAGAAACAGAAAACAAGAAAGAGGAAGAGGCUGAGGCCGAGGUGGAGGAAGAAACAAAGGAAAAGCCAGAGGAAGAGAAGGAGGCAGAAGAAGAAAAAGCUGAAUUUUCGAAAAAAGUGGAGGACGAGGAGGCAACUUCGGCUAUAGAAAAGGAGGAACCAUCAAUAGCCGAGAAGUUAGAAGAAUCUGAACUGGAAGAACAAGCCCACAAUGCUGACAAGCCUAUAGAAGAACCAGCGGCAGAGGAAGAAGAAAAGGAAGCACCGGUUGAACCUGUACUGGUAGCAGCGCCUGACGAAGCUCCUGAGGAAUCCGCUGAGGAAUCGCCUGAGAAACCUUCUGAGGAAUCGCCUGAGAAACCUUCUGAGGAAUCGCCUGAGAAAAGACCUGAGGAAAGACCUGAGGAAACAACUGAGGUAACGCUCGAGGUUUUGCCUAUCAAAGAAGUAGGGGAACCCCAAGUAGCAACAAAGGAAGAAAAAACCUCUUUCAAGGAAAGCAGUUCGAGUAGCGAAGAAGAAGAAGAGGAGGAAGAAGAAGAAGACGAAGAAGAAGAAGAAGAAGAAGAGGAAGAAGAAAAGGAAGCGGUUCAAGUGGCAAGUGGGAAAACAAGUGGGGAAGAACUCAAGGAAGUGGAUAGCCCCGAGGUCGAGGAUUUGGUUGCACCACCGAGACUGGAAGAGAGCAGUCGAGAUGCAAAUAAAGAAUCACACGAUAUCGACACCGAAGAGAAGGUGAAGGUGCCCGUGGAUGACAACGCCGACACUCAGGAAAUGUCAAUGGUGGAGGAAGAAUAUAAUUCCAGAGAGAAGGGCGAUGGCAAGGAGGUUGAAGAAGAACGAGAACCGGGUGAUGACAUGAAUGCCAAGGAGACAGGCGAGACAGACGAGGCCCAACCUAUUGUUGCAGGAAGGAGGAAUGCCAACCUUAGAUCUGGAGUGAAACGUUGUCAUGAGGAAAUGGAAGACCUGGAGGAGGAGGAGGAGACGAAAGACGAUAAAGACGAUAAAGAGGAGAGGGAGGAGAAGAAGGAAAAGAAACAAGAGAAAGAAAAGAAAGAAAAGAAGGCAAAAGAAGAACUGCCGGACGUAGACGAGCAAGAAGGCGAGGAGCACUCAACCAAAGCCGAGGGCUCGAAAGCUGCGAAAAAGACCCAGGGGAAAUCAAGCCACAUCCCAGAGUCCAGAAAGCGGUCUCGGUCUCAUUCUCCUGCUCCAGUGCAGCUCCAAAAGAAAUUCCAAAGCAUCGCCGUCAGCCUUCUCAAUUCAAUCCAAGAGCACAGGUUUUCGUCUCCCUUUUUGCAGGCAGUCAACGCGAAAGAUGCACCAAACUACUAUGAGUUGAUUUACCAACCCAAGGACUUGAAAAGCAUUUUCAAGGCAUUGAAAUCCAAGAGCGACCCACCGGUGUAUCUGCUGAUACUUGAACUAGAACGAGACGUGAUGUUGAUGUUUGCCAACUGCAUCAUGUACAACAGGUCCAACGAAGCUUUGGUUGAAUUGACUAGGAAGAUGAAGGAGGAAGUUGAGGGCAUGUUCAAGAUGUUCAAAGAGGCCGAAUUGCAACUUAAGUAG